AUGGUUAAAGCCAAUAUCAUCAACAGUUUCUUUGAACCAACGGCAUCCCUGGUAAUGUCGUAUCCCCCGCCUGCUGUCGAUAGCGAAGGUAAACGUUCAAGCAAACGAAAGAAGAAGAGAAGGAAUGUUUUGGCGAAACUGAACAAAUCAACGCACGAACCUUCAUGUACUGAUAAUUCAACUGUAACUGAUGCUAUAGGAUCACCACAAUCACAACAUAAUAAUGCUUCUGCUUCUGCUAUUGCUACCACUGCUGCUCCUGAAACUGUUCCUGAAACUGUUCCUGUCACCAAUGCGGACAAUGGCAUACCUCGAUUCUCAGCUUCAAUGAGUCCAAGAAGACAAACACUUUUACGACAUAAAAAGAAUGAAGACGCAGCUACUAGUAAUUAUAUUUCAGAUUUGAAAGGUGGACUUAAAAGCAAACCAACAGAUUUAUCUGUUCACAAACAGUUGGAUAUGAAUAAGAAAGUCACUCUAUUCAAAUAUACGUCAUCCAAAAUCCUUGUGUUUGAUCAUAAUCUAAAUAGUACGAAACCUUAUAAUGAUUUAGGACGUUUGUUAGGUCACGGAGAGUUUGAAAUCUUUCAAUUACAUAAUGGUGGUGUUACUUAUUUACUGUGUGGGGCAUCAUUUGUAUAUCCUUUAUUACCCAGAUUAAAGAUAUUAAGAGUUAGUUUCAAUCAAUUCUUGUUGCCGUUGGUUAACCCGGAACGGUACUGGAAAAUCCUUAUAAAUACACAAGAGCAAAAUGUCAUAGAGUUGUUGGAAAAGACCUUGGACAAAAUCAUUCGUUACAGAAACUUAUAUUUCGACCAUGGGGUGGGGAAGCAUUUGGAUGUGAUCUCAGAGUUAUCUCCCUCUAAAGAUGAUGAUGAUAAUCAUGAGUCAGGUUAUUACAAUCUUGAUAUGAUACCAAUUGAACUUCAUAACAAUACCUCCUUCACAAAUGACGAGAAUAAUAGUCUAACCAAUUCAAAUAUAAUUUGGAAGACCAUCCCGGACUCUCCUCCUUCACCUCCUAUUUCUCCAAGCCAAUUAAUGAUAUCACGAGAUAAUCCAGCUAUCAAUUAUGACUGGAAUCUAGAUAAGAGGAAGCCACCUUCGAGUUCGGCUAAAACUUCAAGUUCAAUUCCAGGUUUCAAUUUAGGAGGUAGUUUGAGACUCAAUGUCACUAAUGAAAGCCUGGAUUUAAUCAAUACUAAUAAUAUUAGUAUUAAUAACCAAUUGGUUGCUCCGAAACCAAAGAGAUUCUUGCCUCAACAAAACCACCAACCAAUGUAUAAUGACCACAACCAUUCAUACCAACCACAUUAUCAAAAAUCUCACUUGAAACAUGUUGAUGAAAGAUCAGAUGAGUCAAUGGAUUCACUACUUGAUGAAUAUGAAUCAAACAUGACUUUCACCAAAAGUAUUACUGGUUCUCGACCUGCUUCACGUGCAGGUUCCAUUGCACUGGCUUCAGUGGUACGUAAUGUGACUCAGUUCCCUUAUAAGCUGAAUUACAAGAUUGCAGAUCAAAGAAAAGGGCCGCCUACUGCAGAUAAUGAAAUUGAUCUUGAUGAUGAUUUCCCUACAGCUUCAUUAAGUGAUUAUAGUAAACGGAUUAAAGGAGGUAAUGGUGCACCAUUGUCAGCUCGCUCAAGGCGGUCUUCAAGGAGUGAUCUUUAUUCUCAAGCAAAUAUUUGGAUGGACCCGAACAAGAAUAAUAAUAAUGAUAAUAAUAAUAAUCGAAUACGUUCAAGCAAUGCUGAUUAUUCUAACUUAUACCGAGCGAUAGGAAACCGAGGAUGUCCUUUGCCAGAUUCUCAUAUCGAUAUACAAGGAUUAACAUCCAGUCCUGGUAUUCUCAAUAGAUCUACAAGUAUGCAUAGUGUUCGAGUUAACGCAGCAGCAGACGUCUACCGGAUGGUACAUCCACGCAAAAGCACCAACAUGGAACCUUCUUCUGUGAACACCAAAAAUAAUAAUGCAGACAAGUCCAUUACAGAUGAAGCUCGGAAUACCAAAGGGCUAUCGAGAUUCUUUGGUUGGUAA